CGAUAACAUAUAAAAAUUAUCAAAGAUUAUAUAAGACCUUUGAUGCUAAACGAAAAUAUUAUGUUCCAACUGUAACUAAAAUGCUUACAAUGCUUGCAAAUGGAAUCAAUCAACAAAUGACAAAAGACCGUGAUGCCAUUAAAAAGUAUAAGGCCAUGAAAGAACGUUGGGAUACCAUUCUUGAUGGUGUUGCAGAAGUACAACAUGAUAUGCCAGGAAUAGAAGCGUUGCUGGAUCAUUCGCUUGUAUCUAGUAAUUCACCACCUUCAUCAAUACCCUCAUCCAUAGCAUCUUCACCACCAAUGUCCCCAAACAUGAAACCACACAGAGGACUAUUUUCUCCUGAAUCUGGUUCCCCUCCGACAAAAGGACAAAGAUCUUUAUCACCACACAGAAUCGAUUAUCUCGACUCACCACGAAAUGCUAGAUCACCAUCUUUACGGUCAAAAUCACCGUCGCCUCGAGCUACGAGUCCGUUAGGAGGUGGUCGUAAUUAUUUGUCAUCUGGUCGUUCCAUUAUAAAUGGAAGAUCAUCAAGUCGUUCAGGAUCUCCGGUAAGAUCACCUUUGACUCGGGCAAUGUCUCCAGAACGAGUAAAUCCAUCCAACAUACCACGCCCAGUUACUAGUAUGGGAAUUAUUAAUAGGGCGCCAUCGCGUGUUGGUAUGAGAUCAUUUUUGCCGCAACCUAGCACACCUCAACCGGGUAUGGUGUCGUCAACCCGCCUGGGUAUGAUUUCUCCACCACCGUUGCGUCGCCAUCAUCAAAUAAGAACUCCAACGCCAUCAUCUAUAACAAACUAUUCUCGACCUAUCACUCCAGAGAAUGAUGAUCGUCCAAAUACACCAUUAACCGAAAGAUUGUCAAAUAUGUCCGUAGCCAAUGAUCACAAUUCAAAUUAUAUCCCUCUCAAAAAUGAUCAACUUGACAUUGAAGUUGCGAAAAUAGUAAAUUCAUUGCCACUGAAUGUAAAAGUAGAACGUGCUCCCGGUGGUGGUGGCAAGUAUUAUUUCGGUCGUGAAAAAAAAGUAUUUAGUUGCAAAUUAGUGAAUUACGCUUCAAGUAAUCGAAACAAGGUUAUUGUUCGAGUGGGUGGCGGUUCCCAGGAUUUGGAUAUGUUUUUAUUAGAACAUAGUCUUACUAGC